AUGAUAGCUGAGAAAUACGUCGUACGCCUCGGGCUGUGGAUUCUCCUCUUGGCUACGCUCGCAACUGCAGACGCCGCAGUUGCCUCAGACGCGACGAAUACAGGGCGUGAACAACGGAGCGAUAUUGCGGAUGCUUCAUCAUUGAUAUGCCCGGCCAAGGAGUGGACUUCCCUUAUCCAGCAGCCGAUUUGUCUGGAGACACGAUGGGGCAAAGGCAAGUCUGUGUCAGACGGCCAGGCAUAUCAGGAGGAUGGCAGCCUGGAGCACCAGCAUACGAUAACGGUUGAUGCGACGACUAGUUCGGCUACGUCUUCUGACCGUGCUACCCCUACCGCUUCGACGGAUACCGACACAGAUCAGGAGCUUGAUACGGAAUCGCCUCUAGAUAACGCCAAAUUCCUCUCCUUCGAGGACUGGAAGAAGCAAAACUUGGCCAAAAUCGGUCAGUCGGCCGAAAAUGUGGGGGGUCGCCGGCAAAACAGAGAUGUUGCGCGUGAGCAUCGUAGGCGAGCAGGGACGAUCAACAACGCUCUUGAUUCGCUUGGCGACGAUUCGGAAAUUGAGCUGGAAUUUGGCGGAUUCGGGGCAGAGGCACCGGAAAAUACGAGGCCUUCAUCAUGGGGGAGCGGCGCGUCUUCUACUGAGGGUGGUGAAGGACAUCAUGACAAAGGCACUGCCGAAGGAGUUUCUCAGAAGGGAGUCGGAAAGAGAAAAGACGCUGGAACCACCUGCAAGGAAAGGUUUAACUACGCCUCCUUCGACUGUGCUGCCACGGUCUUGAAGACAAACCCGGAGUGCACGGGAUCCUCGUCCGUUCUAAUCGAAAACAAAGAUAGCUACAUGCUGAACGAGUGUCGGGCUGAGAAUAAAUUCAUUAUCCUCGAGCUUUGCGAAGACAUUCUGGUCGACACGGUCGUGCUCGCUAAUUACGAGUUUUUUAGUUCGAUCUUUCGCACUUUCAGGGUCAGCGUCUCCGAUCGGUAUCCUGUCAAGCCGGACAAAUGGAGGGAACUGGGCGUUUUUGAGGCAAGGAAUACGCGAGAGAUCCAGGCAUUUGCAAUCGAAAAUCCUCUUAUCUGGGCACGAUACUUGAAAAUUGAGUUCCUGACACACUACGGAAACGAAUUCUACUGCCCGGUCAGUCUGAUCCGAGUCCAUGGGACCACGAUGAUGGAAGAGUACAAGAACGAUGGAGAAAUUAGCCGGACGGAUGAAGAAGGCAGUGAUGAUGUGAUUGAACCGGUUGAACCGGUUGAGGCGUCUGUUGAGGCGCCUGUUGAUGGUCAAACGGUCCAGGCUGUCAAUGCUACAGAGUCAGUCGAGGAGACGGUCUCAUUGCACGAGAAUGCGACCACUACGACACCCACACUCUCGGAAUUGCUUCAUCAGGACAUUACUCUUUUCAAUAGGACCGAGGUCGAAGAAGCCUUAUUACGUGGCCCAACACCGGUGAUUGACAUGUGUUUAAAGGAGGAAGGACCACCUUUUGGACCUAAUGACACCGCGUGGCCAGCCCAGACUCGACCAGCUACAGCCGCCGAUACAGCUGAUGCCCUUUCUGUUAAUGAUACCCUUACAGACACGAAGGUUACGUCCUCGACAUCUGCGGAGCAAGCUGGCGGUAAUGCUACAGUUUCGUCACAUUCCUCCCCCGAAGGGCAGAGCAGCGGAGAAAGACCCCCAGCUACGGAGACGGAGACGAGACCGGUGACGACAAGUACAAAAGAAGACUCUAUUGCAGCAGGCGAACCCACCAGGUCUGUGCCCACACAGCCAGCGUCUCCAAACCCGACUACACAGGAGUCUUUCUUCAAGUCGGUAAACAAACGGCUCCAGAUGCUGGAGUCCAACUCAACGCUCUCCCUGCUGUACAUCGAGGAACAAUCUCGGAUUCUCAGGGAUGCAUUCAACAAGGUCGAAAAGCGUCAGUUGGCCAAGACGUCAUCCUUCCUGGAGAAUCUGAAUACGACUGUCCUCAACGAGCUACGAGAAUUUCGAUCACAGUACGAUCAGGUCUGGAAAUCCGUUGCCAUCGAAUUCGAGAAACAGCGCUUUCAAUAUCAUCAGGAGAUCUAUUCGAUAACCACCCAGCUGGGGAUCCUAGCCGACGAGCUCGUGUUCCAGAAGCGUGUGUCGGUCAUCCAGAGCAUCUUUGUACUCAUCUGUUUCGGUCUUGUGCUGUUCUCCCGAGGCUCUGCGGGAACCUAUAUCGAGUUUCCUAGUGUUCAGAGUAUGAUGACGCGGUCCCAUAGCUUGCGGUCAUCUUCGCCGAUUUUCGGGACACCAUUAGCGAGUCCGAGCUCGCGAGCGACAUCUUCCGUCCGGGAGAAGCAUGGACACCGAAGAAAUCCUUCUGAAGAUUCCCAGGAGGACCCAAUCAGUCCGACCAUCUCCUACUCGCCGCCUACUCCACCGUCAGAGGAGGGCGCUAGUCGAUCGGAGUCUGAUGAAAAGGGGGCAUCACCUAACUCUAGCCGUCUUCCUACGCCGGAGCCACCACAUGUGAGGUCCGGAAGUAGUCCACCGACGCUCCGUGGCUCCAGGAAAGAUAGUGCUAGCGAGGAUGAGGGAGUUGACUCGGCUGCACCGAAGCCUACCGAUUUGCCGUCGCCUGCUGGUUGA